AUGUAAGUCUGGCAUCAUUGACAGUUUCUUCGGGUAUUUUUUUGCGUUAUGAGAAGCGCAAUCGCAGUAGCCAUCAAGUCUGUUGUCGUCGCAAAGAUCGUUUGAUCCAAGAUGACUACCGCUGCAAGGCCGACCUUUGAGCCAGCCAGAGGUGGCGGCGGCCGCAAUGAGAAAGACUUGGGAGCCUUGUCAAAACAAUACUCUAGCAGGGAUCUGCCGGGACACACCAAGCUAAAGUACAGGCAACCCGGUCAGGGCACCAGCGAGGAACUCAAGGCAAAGGACUUUCGCCGCGAGUUGGAGGAACGUGAGCGUGCUGCGCUGUACGAAAGAGAUGGCAAGAAGAUAAUCCGAGAGCCAUCAAAGAGGCCCAGGCUGGAGCAGGCACCUGCAUCAAAUCUUGAUGCUGAUGACUCCUUAGAUGAGGAUGAAGACAGCGAUGACAGUGAUGAAGAUGACACCGCUGAGCUCAUGGCAGAACUGAACAGAAUCAAGAAGGAACGUGCUCAAGAAGAAGCAAAGAGGGAAGCUGAGCGUAAAAUUCAAGAGGAAAGAAUUCGAAUGGAGAACAUCUUGAGUGGAAACCCUCUGCUGAAUUCAAGCAAGGCUGAAUUCAAGGUGAAGCGACGAUGGGACGACGACGUCGUGUUCAAAAACUGUGCCAAAGGUGAUCUCGAGAGCAACAAGAGCGCCUUCAUCAAUGACACUCUUCGUUCAGAGUUUCACAAGAAGUUUAUGGAGAAAUACAUCAAAUAGUUUAGAACAUUUUCCCUUUUCUUCUCAAUUCCCAGUGCCAUGUGAUGGGACCAUCCCAGGUGCACUUUGUGGCAUGUAAAGUGCUGCUUCGUUCACCAUUUCUCUUUACCAGAACAUACCAACGCCUGAACACAUUCUUCAUGUGGAUUAGUUAUGAGGAACAUUGUCGACACUUUAUGCUUCCUGCAGGCCCUUUCUUUAUUUCUUAAUAAAUAGCUGCAGAUUGCACAUACUAUUUUAUUUUGUAAAGUUACAGGCAAUCCAGUCCUGAUUUUUAACCCUGUUUUCAAUGUAUAGCAUGCAAAGCCAUGGCCUUUUAAUAAAUUAUGCGAUAAAGUGUU